UAUCUAUCUCAUAAGCACCGACCGAUUUAAUCACUUAAUGAAAUAGAUCUAGAAUCUAGAUCUAGAUCUACAAUCCAACUGCAGGUACAAAAUGGAUACUACAGUGCAAUUAAAUCAACUUAAGCAACACGUAACAAAGUGGCUGCAAGCAGAAAAAGAGAAUAUAGAAAAACUGUAUGAUAAGAAGUUCAAAGAUAUUGAAACUAAUAACAAAAAAAUACAAGAUUUGAAAAUGCAGAAAAAAUUAAGACAAAAAGUCUCCAAAGAGGCUGCUCAAAAUAACCUUCAGCUAAUGAAAAGCCUGAAGUCAGAACUUGAGCUGAAAAGAACUCAGCAGUUUGCUAAUGAACUGAUGAUUAAAGCAUAUCAAGAGGAACUGGAGCAUCUGCAGUCUGAACAGAAAGCAUUCACAGAUAGUAAUGACCUUGACAACAAGCAGAAACAUUUGGAGGAAGAGAAAGAUUUGUUUUCCAAGGUAUAUGGGCUUCAGAUAAUCAAAGUUAAAGGUGGAUGGCUGCAGUUUAUUUUCACACAAAUAGACCCUUCUGACCCACAGUCCCGUUUCUUGUUCUCCUUAAAAUUAGACGACUAUCGUAGAUAUAUUGGUGGUGAUUGUCAGCCAUUGAUUAAUGAUUUUGAAGACCUAAUUAAGAAGCUCAACUCUACAAAUAAUCUUGGCAUGUUUGUUCAUUCAAUCAGAGAAAAAUUCAAACAAUCAAUUUAAUUUUUUAAUUUUAUGAUCUAAAAAUAGGAAUGAAAACCUUUGAAAUUCUCCAAUUUAUGUUUGUAAUUGUAGUCUAUUUUUGUAAUCUAAGAAUUACAUUUUCCCAGAUUUGAUGAAACCAGUUUUUAUUUCUAAAUGUACUUUACAACAUUUGAACUUAUUCUUGUUUUACUAAAGCUAAUACAAUUGUUUUAAAAUAAGUUUUAUUAGACUUAAAAUUGGUUAAAACAAUUUAAGUAUGAAACUUGUAGAUAUUUUUUAAUCUAUUGUCCUUUGAUGUAAAUAAAUUAUUUAUAUACUUCUUUUACUUCUGUUAUUAAAAGUUGUAAAUAUGUGGCAAUGUUCUAAAUCCUGUAUCUGUCAACUGGGUGAAUUACACCAGUACACUUUUUCAGUGGUGUAGCGAGGUUGGGUGUAUUAUUUAUAUAUAUACUAGCGUACCCGAAAUAUAUAAGAAGGGUUUCAUGAAUGUUCUUAGAGCGUGACCUUGUUUUCUAAAACUGAGUUAUUUAAAUGUAAACAAUGCCUGCCUUUGGGUUAAAAAUAUCAGGACACGGGUUUACCUACACUACCGCAUGAAAACUUUGAGUGUAAGUUAAUCAUUCAGCCAAUUAAUGAUGUAGAACACACUUCAGUGACCGCCCAUGUGUUAGGGACGUAGAGGGGCGCUCUCAAUAGCCCCCGAUUACACUACCACAGAGGCACCAUAGUGCUUGCAGGGGAAACCAGGCCCCUUCGGAUUGUGCAAUCUACGGGACGCCGGCGGUUGCACCUGUUGAAGUUUUAACACUGUAUAUAGUAGUACCCCUUACCCGCUAUGUACGACGCAUGAUUAACGGAUGCCAAGUGCUAAUAUAGCCACUCUGGGCGCCAAAUUGUGUAUUGACGAAAAUCGCACCAUCCCAGGCACCGCUCAUUUCAAAUUUUGAUUAUUUUGUUAACAGAAACCUUCCUGGAAGUAUUCUCAUCAACUCUUUAAAGUUUUAUAGCACUCGGAUGAAAGGUGUCAAACCGCAUAUGACUUUCAUUUUUUUUAAUAUACCGUAUAUAGAGAAAAAUAGCACCCUCCCGGGGCGUCUCCCUUGCGAAAUUUAAAAAAGAUUGUUUUACAGAAACCUCCCCUGGAGUGUUCUAAUCACCCCCCAAAGUUUGAUGGCUAUCAGAUGAACAGUGUCAAACUGCAAUCGACUUUUAUUUUUAUAUACCGUAUGUAGAGAAAAAACAAAUCGCACCCUCCCGGGGCGCCACCCCUGCCAAAUUGAAUUUUUUUUUCCACAGAAACAUCCUCAGGAGUAUUCUCAACAGCUUCCCCAAGUUUCAUGGCAAUCAGAUGUAAGGUGUAGUAAUGCAUAAAAUACAUACAUUGCUUUUAUAUAUAUAGAGAUAGUCAUCAAG